AUGAAGUUUUUUGCGUUGUCUUUCCUGCUUUGCUGCCUGAGUGCUGCCGGAGUUUUGGGUGCCCCCCAGUUUGGCUAUGGAUUCUCCCCCUACGGCGGAGGAUAUGGAGGAAGCUAUGCCUCGGCUAGUGCCGCGGCAAGCAGCAGUGCUGGAGCUUAUCAGGGCUUUGGAUAUCCAGGAUACGGAGGGUUUGGAGGAUAUGGAGGAUUUGGCGGAGGAUAUGGCGGCGGAUAUCGCCAGCAGUACAACCAGUUCAGCAACUACAACAACUACGGCUCCUCUGGCUAUGGCGGAUAUCCAUUUGGCAGAUGA